GAAUUUUUUUCUGGGCGUACUGGUCUCGUUCACCGGUCUCAUUGUCACAAAACGAGCUGACUCACCAGAAUGCCUGCGAGUUGACAAGGAAUUGGCCUUGUUGAUGAAGAGACCAUUCCUUAAUGGGAGGUCGAGGUUCUAAGAUUGGUACAUGUUGUUGGGAGUCAUCACACAAGACUACUCUUCCUGAAGCUCCCCAUGUUGAAAACGAAGAGAACUGUGAGGAAACAGAUUUGCUGUCUUUCCGUGAAUACACACUAGAACAGCUUAAGAUCGCCACCUCUGGUUUCGCUUUGGAGAAUGUCGUGUCUGGAGAUGGAGAAAUGCCUCCAAAUGUUGUCUACAAAGGGAAGUUGGAGAAUCAUCAGAAGAUUGCUAUCAAGCGCUUUUCUCGAUUUGCCUGGCCUGAUCCACGCCAAUUCCUUGAAGAAGCAAGAUCGAUUGGUCAUCUACGCAGCAAUAGAAUGGCCACUUUAUUCGGUUGCUGCUGUGAAGGCGGCGAGAGAUUACUCGUGUCUGAGUUUAUGCCUAAUGGGACACUAGCCAAACACCUUUUCCACUGGGAAACACAACCGAUGGGAUGGGAGAUGCGACUACGGGUUGUUUUACACCUUACAGAAGCUCUUGAUUAUUGUUGUAACAGAGGACGCACUCUGUAUCAUGACCUCAAUGCUUACAGAGUUUUAUUUGACGAGGAAUGCAAUCCAAGACUUUCAACAUUCGGCUUGAUGAAGAAUAGCAUGGAUGGGAACAGUUACAGCACAAAUCUUGCUUUUGCCCCUCCCGAGUAUAUACGAACUGGGAGAACCACUGCAGAGAGUGUGAUUUACAGCUUUGGUAUCCUUUUGCUUGAUAUUUUCACUGGAAAGCAUAUUCCUCCUAGCCAUGCCCUUGAUUUGAUUCGAGACAGAAAACUUCAGACGCUAGCCGAUUCUUGUUUGAAGGGACAAUUUUCCGACAGCGAUGGCGCUGAGUUAGUACGCCUGGCAUCUCGCUGUCUUCAGUAUGAAGCUCGAGAGCGACCAAACCUAAAAUAUUUGAUAGAUGCACUGACAACUCUCCAGAAAGAUAAAGAUGCAGAGGUUCCGUCUCAUGUCCUAAUGGGUCGUGGUACUUUUGUGUCAGCUUUAUCUCCUUUUGGGGAGGCUUGUUUGAGAAAGGACCUGAACGCUAUGCUCGAGAUGUUGGAUAAAAUUGGUUACAAAGAUGAUGAAUCGGUAUCGUUUCUGUGGACGGACGAGAUGCAAGAAGCUGUAGAGUCGAAGAAGAAAGGCGAUAUUGCAUUUAGACAGAAAGACUUAAAAGAAGCCAUUGAGUUUUACACUCAGUUUCUUGACUUGGGAAUGAUCUCUGCAACAGUCUUUGUGAGACGGAGUCUAAGUUACGUGAUGAGCGGCAUGGGGAAAGAAGCUUUAGAAGAUGCAAUGAAAGCACAAGGCAUAUCUCCAGUGUGGUACGUUGCAUUGUAUCUCCAGUCUGCUGCGCUUGAUGCCCUGGGAAUGGAGAAGGAAUCCAAGAUGGCACUUCUGGAAGGAUCGGAACUUGAAGCCAGGAAGAUUUCACCGUCCACACACUGACCUGAAUACUAUUCUUCCAGGCAGAACUGAACGCAUAAGAGAAUGUUAGAACAUUUGUACUAAAUAAACCAUAAACCCCUCUACAUGGUAAGAGUAGAAGGCGUUUCAGUUGGUAGAUAAGAGAGGUUUGGAUUAAACAAACAACAUUAAUUAACAAGUGAUGAUCUGCUGAUAUAGUUGGGCCUAGUUGGGGUCCAUGUUAACCUAUUACGGCCUGUUGGAAUCGAGAUGAAUCCCCAAGUGGACAAGGUGGUGAGAAGAACGACUAUGGUGGCCACUGCUGUUGCGUCUUACUUACUCCUCACCGCUGAUUACGGCCCCGAGCCUAACGCUCUUGAUCCUUUAUGCAUAUGAUUGGAAUGGAGUGAGUCUUACACCCCAUAUGACAAAACAUUUGCAGAUCAAACAGAGAAUAGUAUCAGCUCAAGUUUCUGUCAAAGACUUCUUCUUUCCUUCAUCAAAGCACAAGUAACAAGCGACAUACUAUCUGAAGCAAAGAUGUUUGCUGAACAUCAAAAACACCAACUUUCAUCAGUCUUUUGUUCUUUUCUUUGUCUCGUUUUCAGAAUUUACUCUUGCUCUCUCCACUCUACCUCUUUAACGACUAUAAGAUAUAAUGUUCAUAAUAACAUGUCAUAUGUGGAUUAGUUCCCUUUUGCCCCGA